AUGGUAAAAGGUGACGAUUUUUCUGCGUCACACAAGCAAGCGAUUUACAAACACUACCAAUCCUUACAAAUAUUUUUCAAUAUUACAGGUAUAAAACAUGACAGAUCGAAAUCUGUAAGAGCUCAAAAAGCUAGGUUGAAACUAGUCAAGUUGUCGUUACUGCAGUUUUACGAACUGAGCACAGAUGUCUAUGACGAGUUGAACAGAAGAAUAAGUGAAGACCAGACAACACCUAAUUAUUUAUUGCCAGAACCUACUUUUCAUUUGAAGAGAAACCAAGCAAGACAGAAGUUAGCCAACUUAUCACAAACGAGAUUUAACGAUUUAGUUGACGAUAUUUUAUACGAAAUUAGAAGAAGAAAAUUGAAUAUCGACACUAGCUCCAAUGAAAUGGAUACAACUUUAGAAAGUGGUGCAGAUAACACGUUCAAUUCAACAGUCAAUUCAAUUGCACCAAACCCAUCAUUACAGGAAAUAAAAGUUAUUCCGAAGCGUGCAUCAAUUAAUUGGUCCUCAGAUGAAGAAAAAGAUGAAGCGGAGGCAAAAAAUGAAUUCAAACAAAAUGAAGAACAACAACCUCAAGAAGAUCUAAAUAAUUCGCUCUCAUAUAAUACAGAGACGGAUAUCAAUGAAGCUAAGGAAGUAAAUCUGAACCAAGCUUUGACGAGGUCAGUGGAAGGUCCCAUGGCUUCCGCAACUAAUCAUACCAUUGAAACAGCUGAUGAGAAGUCACUUGUGAAUCAUAACAUAGACAAUUUAGCUAGUACUGAAAAUGUUCUAGAAAAAGUAAUCGAUGAACAUUACAAUAAUUCAAAUGCAACGGAAAUCACGUCUUCUGAAGUUGCAAACGUUCCAGAUACCAAACUUCUAUUACAAAUCCAACAGUUAACCGAAGAAUUACAAAAGUCUAAGGAAGAGAAUGAGGUUCUCAGAAAAUCCAGUAUGGAAGCAGAACCUCAAGAGAAAUACAAUUCAGAAUUUAAUUCACAAUUUAAAGAAGAAUUGACAGCAUUAAACAGUCAAAUUAACAGUUUACUGAUAGAAAAUGAAAACUUGAAACAAACUGUUUCUGAAUUGAAACUUGAGAGGAAUCUUGAACCAACAAUGUCCACUAAUGAAAUGCUAACAAAAUUACAUAACAGAUACCCCUUAGAGAAGAACUCUAUCUCAGCUUAUAUAUCGAGUGAUGGCAUCAUUCCGAUAGACUUAGUAGAAUAUUUAUAUGCAGCUUUCAAUUAUUUCUAUGAACUUUUAAUCAAAGACCAUCCAGAUUCAUUAGGAUCUGAUCUCUUUGAAACUCUGUUCAAGGUAUCAGACACUAUUAACAAAAUUUUAUCAGCUGUAGACACUAACGGUUUUAAAUCAAAUAUUGUAUUAAUUAAGGCAUCGUUAUCCCAUCUGAUAACGACAGUUAGGUAUUAUUCAUUGUAUACAUCUCUUUUACCAAAAGUCACAAUCCAGGCUGCCAUCACAGAAGUUGCGUUUUCUACUUUCAAGCUAAUUAGUACUGCGAAAAUUACAGGGGACGAUCAUACUAUUGAUGAAAAUUCGCCAGGUAUUAUAAAUAAUAAAAAUAUUACGACUUCAUUGCGAAACAUUUCCAGCCUGCCGGAUAAUGGCGUUCCAACAUCACCAUUGGAUGGCAAAUCAGUAAAUUCGUCGUCACACAAUAUUAGUGAUAUGAAAAACAGAUCUUUACUUGAAAAUCUAAAUGAAGACGAAGAAUUAUCUCCUGUCAAACCUUUAAAAAUAACACAAAAGGCAAAUACUAGUUCCCCAUUAAAAUCGCAAUAUCAAAGAAGGAUAUCUGGUGCAGGUUUGUUCAGCUCUCUUUUAGAUUCAAAUAGGAAGAAUGGCUCUACUGUUUCAAAAAUUGAGAAAAGACAAUUAAAAGUUGUUUCCAGUUCCAGUCCAGUUACUUCUGCCGGAGAGACUUUUGACAAAGAUUUUAAAUUAAACGAAAGACAAUCAAAAAUAAGCACUGAUUAUCAUCCUUUGACUAAGGACUCAAAUGAUCACGAAAAUCCAACAGGACGAUCUGAUAAUUCAACUCUACGAAAUAAAAUUGAAAAGCUAGACAAUCAUAAGGAUAAUAAGCUUAAUGAUUUCACUAAAAGUUCAAAUAUACAAACCAAACCUGAUAGAAUACCCCCUGCUAUAAUUAUACCUAAAAAGGAAGAUAGAGUGAAACCAAUUUUAAUCGCUAAUGGCACAGAUGAGGCAAAACCAAUCGUCGAAGAUAUUUAUUCAACGAAGUCAAAUAAAGGAGUAGAUUUUACUGACACAGAAGAUAAAACCAUUGACGAAGAUUUAGAUAAGGCAGUUGAGGAGGAUUUAAAUAAAUCUGUUGAAACGGGAAGGGUAAUCAGAGAUAAUAAGUCAAGUCAAGAAAACGCUGAUUUGACAGUAAACACAACUGUUAAUGCAAUGAAUACCACUAACGAUUCAUCAAUUGUGGAUGUUUCAUCAGAAGACAACAUUAAAGGAAAAGUUCCCAGGUCGGUUAUGAAGGAAAUACAAAAAGUCAUGCCAAUAAAGAAAGAAAGCAAGAAGAUUAGAAAAAUGAAAGAAUUUGAUACAUCUUAUGAUGAAGAACAUGCUGUUCCAGCAGCUUUUACAGAUAAGAUGAAAAAAUUCAACAACGUAAAUGGCAUUGGCCUAAGAGUCUUGCCUGAUAAGCCUAAUUCUCAAAAUACUGAAAUUGAACUAAAAAAUGAACUUCAACAAAAUCUAGUUGAUUCUGUUCAACCUAGAAGUUUAGAAAGGAAAUCAACGGAGAAAAGUUUCCCUCCAACUUCUUCUAAAAUUACAGAUAAAAUGAAAAUUGCUUUGGAGGAAGAUGAACUCGAUAUCAAACAAAGAGAAGUAACUCAACCAAAUGUUGUCAAGAAGCGUGCUGAGAUGAAUCCCGAUAACAGAGAAGAAAGUGAAGAAGAAAGUGAAGAGGAAAGUGAAGAGGAAUUUGAUAUAGAUGCAUUCGAUAUCGAAAAUCCUGAUAAUACAUUAUCUGAAUUAUUACUCUAUCUGGAGCACCAAACUGUAGAAGUUAUAUCUACUAUUCAAUCUUUAUUGAGCUCGAUUAAACUAUCGAAUUCCACCAAGGGCAAAUUACGUAGUGAAUCUAAUGACAUUAGCCAAGUUAUUAAACAAAUGUGCAAUGCCACUAGUGUGUCUAUGAACCAAAGCCGCAACGGUAAUUUAAAGGAACACGGCAGUUGGGUUGUUCAAAGUUUGGCUGACUGUAAGAGAAGGAUCAUCAUGUUGUGCGACUUGAACGACAGUGGUGAUUUCAACAGCGUAGCUAACGAUUCGGAAUUUGCCGAUAAACAUUUUAAGCAAAGAUUGGCUGGUAUUGCCUUUGACAUUGCCAAGUGUACCAAGGAAUUGGUAAAGAGUGUCGAAGAAGCAAGUUUGAAGGAAGAGAUUGAGUAUCUGAAUUCUCAUAUGAAACAAUGA